CUACCACGAAGUGCAAUUCCGAAAUUUCGGAUCGAUAUUUCGUGUGAUUCGUACCAUGAAAAACGUUCAUUCCGAAAUCGUGCCCGAAAACGGAGAAUAUCGUUUCGAUCGUCCCAAAUCGUACCAUGAAGUAUCCGUUCGUACGUUAUUAUGACGUUUUGACAGCACGUUUAUCGUGAUUUAAAGUGCGAAGUAGACGAAACCUAAAUAGUUAACUUUUUACUUUCUUUCAUUAUGCCAAGAUUGGCUGGAAUUUUAGAAGCCCUCAAUGAAGAAGAAAUUGAAAGACGCAGGUUUAAAAGAAAAAUGCGUACUAGGUACCUCCAAAGAUCCAUUCCCGACUUCGAGUUUGUAUCUAAAUACAGACUCAGUCGGGAAGUCUUCGAGAAUCUUUGUCAGUAUGUGAUUCUCACUGCAUUAAAUUUUUAUGCCAGUGGUAGCUACCAGGGUGCAGUCGGACAAAAUUUAGACACCACUAUGGCUCAGCAGUCUGUCUCAAACUGCAUCAGGGAUGUAACAGAUGCCCUAAAUACACCCUAUAUACUAAGGAAAUAUAUAAGAUUUCCUCAGUCCAGGGAAGACAGGAACAUAUUGAAGAGAAAUUUUGCUACACAGUAUGGUAUCCCUGGUGUUAUAGGAUGUAUCGACAGCACCCAUGUAGCUAUAAUUCGGCCAACAGUCAAUGAAGAGAGAUUUUUCAAUAGAAAACAUUACCACUCUUUAAAUGUUCAAGUUAUUGCUGACAGUAAUUUAAAAAUUAUGAAUAUUGACGCCUCUUAUGGUGGUGCCACUCAUGAUGCAUUCAUUUGGGAGCAUAACGAGAUCAAAGAUCAUUUGGAGAGUCUUCAAGGAGAAACAACUUAUUUGCUGGGUAUAUAAAGAUUAGAAGAGAGCCAUACGUUCUAUUUAUGGUAUGGGUUCGAGAUAGUCAUUAUAUCAAGGCUUUAAAGAAUCAAAUAUCCUCACCGUUGCCUCACAGUACAUUUAUGAAAUAUUAUGUAUACAAGGAAAAACUUAGAUAGUUUCAAGAAACUUAAAGACUGUACAAGUAGAAACUUAUGCAAUAAAAAUAUACUAAUUUUACCUAAAUGCUGUUAAAAUUGAUAUUAAACAAAUGUUAUGUAAAAAAGCCUAUUAUAGGAUAGAUGAAUUCAUAGAU